GAAACAGAAAACCUAACGGGGGGCGACGCUGCGAUUAUGUACUGGAGAGGCGGGCAAAUACGAGAUUCUGGGGGAUACGAUCUAUCCCUUUAGUAUUCACCCCUGGAUGCCCUCGCCCAUCACCAUGCUGUUUUGGGCAUGUUACGGGUUACGAGCCAUUGCUGCUCUGAGGCUUAACACGGUGGCCGAGAAGCCCGGUAGGCGUAAGUUGGAGAGGCACUGCAACAUGACUCGGGCGAAGCGUUCUCACUGCUCGAGCGGCUUACUAACGCACGCUCUAGGCUCUGUAGGGCCUUGCAGGUCGUCUAAGGCGUGGAGGGCGCUUUGCAUUGCGAUUUAUGGUUAAGUUAAACUCAUUGCGGCUCUGGGAAAUUGGGGAAUUGCCCGAAGGCAUUAUGAGUGAGCUGGAGCAGGGCAUUGAAUGGUGGCGAAGAAUGCCGCCCGACAGCUUGGGCCUCAGCGUGUGCAAU